GUUGGAGUAGAAGAACAUCAUGCUGUUGACAUUGACCUGUACCACUGUCCCAACUGUGCAGUUUUACAUGGUUCCUCCUUGAUGAAAAAGAGGAGGAACUGGCACAGGCAUGACUACACAGAAAUUGAUGAUGGUUCCAAACCAGUGCAAGCUGGAACUAGAACUUUUGUUAAAGAAUUACGCUCUCGAGUCUUCCCAAGUGCCGAUGAAGUCAUUGUGAAGAUGCAUGGCAGCCAGCUGACACAGAGAUAUUUGGAGAAACAUGGAUUUGAUGUUCCCAUUAUGGUCCCUAAAUUAGAUGAUCUGGGACUCAGGCUCCCUCCACCUGCUUUUUCUGUGAUGGAUGUGGAACACUAUGUAGGUGGUGACAAAGUGAUAGAUGUCAUUGAUGUGGCGAGGCAGGCAGACAGCAAAAUGACACUUCACAAUUAUGUUAAAUACUUCAUGAAUCCUAACAGACCAAAAGUGUUAAAUGUGAUCAGCCUUGAAUUUUCAGAUACAAAGAUGUCUGAAUUGGUGGAGGUCCCUGAUAUAGCCAAAAAACUUUCCUGGGUGGAAAAUUAUUGGCCAGAUGACUCAGUCUUUCCCAAGCCAUUCGUUCAGAAAUACUGCUUAAUGGGAGUCCAGGACAGCUAUACAGAUUUCCACAUUGACUUUGGUGGAACUUCGGUCUGGUACCAUGUCCUCUGGGGUGAGAAGAUUUUUUAUUUGAUAAAGCCAACAGAUGAAAAUUUGGCACUCUAUGAGUCUUGGAGUUCAUCUGUGACCCAGAGUGAGGUGUUCUUUGGCGAUAAGGUGGAUAAAUGCUACAAGUGUGUGGUAAAGCAGGGACAUACCUUAUUUGUUCCUACAGGGUGGAUUCAUGCUGUGCUCACUUCUCAGGACUGUAUGGCUUUUGGGGGGAACUUCCUGCACAACCUUAACAUUGGCAUGCAGCUCAGGUGUUAUGAGAUGGAGAAAAGGCUAAAAACACCAGAUCUUUUCAAAUUCCCUUUCUUUGAAGCCAUAUGUUGGUUCGUAGCCAAAAACUUGUUGGAAACUCUGAAAGAACUGAGAGAAGAUGGUUUCCAGCCUCAAACUUACCUAGUACAGGGAGUGAAAGCACUGCAUACUGCUUUAAAAUUAUGGAUGAAAAAAGAACUUGUAUCUGAACAUGCCUUUGAGAUUCCAGACAAUGUUAGACCUGGACAUCUUAUUAAAGAACUUUCUAAAGUAAUUCGAGCAAUAGAGGAGGAAAAUGGCAAACCAGUUAAAUCUCAGGGAAUUCCUACUGUGUGUCCAGUUUCACGAUCCUCAAAUGAAGCAACUUCCCCAUACUGUUCCCGACGAAGGAUGAGGAAACUUCGAGAUCAUAAUGUCCGGACUCCUUCUAACCUAGAUAUCCUAGAGCUCCACACAAGGGAGGUCCUCAGAAGAUUGGAGAUGUGCCCAUGGGAAGAGGACAUCUUGAGCUCUAAACUGAAUGGAAAAUUUAACAAACAUCUCCAACCAUCUUCCACGGUACCUGAAUGGAGAGCAAAGGAUAAUGAUCUACGAUUACUGUUGACAAAUGGAAGAAUCAUUAAAGAUGAAAGACAGCCCUUCGCAGAUCAGAGUCUUUAUACAGCAGAUAGUGAAAAUGAAGAGGAUAAAAGGAGGACAAAAAAGGCAAAAAUGAAGAUAGAACAGAGUUCAGGAAUAGAGGGGGUGGAAAACGAAGAAUCUCAAAAACCACUUAACAGGUUUUUUACAUGUGUGAAAUCAGAACUCAGUAAUAGAUCAUCAGGAUAUUCUGAUAUUUCUGAGUCAGAAGAUUCUGGACCAGAGUGCAGUACACUGAAAAUUAAUUUUACCACUGAAGAGUCUGAAAGUUCAGGUGAUGAAAAGAAACAAGAAAUAACAUCAAACUUUACAGAGGAAUCUAAUGUGAUGAGGAACUUCUUUCAAAAAAGCCAAAAGCCAUCUAGAAGUGAAAUUCCAAUUAAAAGGGAAUGUCCUACCUCGACGAGCACAGAGGAAGAAGCCAUUCAGGGCAUGCUGUCCAUGGCAGGGUUGCACUAUUCCACAUGUUUACAAAGGCAGAUGCAAAGCACAGACUGCAAUAGGGAAAAAAGCUCUCUUCAGGAUCCCAGCAGCUGCCACAGCAGUAACCAUGAGGGUAAGUACUUGUAUCACUAUGAUAAACCAGUAGAAUAUGGAUACCAUGUCAAGACAGAAGAUCAAGACUUGAGGACUUCUGCCUGGAUUAAGCAAUUUGAUACUUCCAGAUUCAAUCCUCAGGAUUUAAGUAGAAGCCAGAAAUGCAUCAAAAAGGAAGGUUCAUCAGAAAUCAGUCAGAAGGUACAAAGUAGGAAUUAUGUGGACAACAGUGGUUCAAGCCUUCAGAAUGGAAAGUAUAUGCAGAAUUCCGGCUUGAUUUCAGGGGCUUGCCAGAUAAGUAAUGGCAGUCUAAGCCCAGAAAGGCCAGUUGGUGAGACUUCCUUCUCAGUACCCCUUCAUCCCACUAAGAGACCGGCAUCAAAUCCACCACCUAUCAGCAACCAAGCAACAAAAGGUAAACGUCCAAAAAAAGGAAUGGCGACAGCCAAACAGCGUCUUGGGAAGAUCCUCAAAUUGAACCGAAAUGGCCAUGCACGUUUCUUUGUGUGACAGAGCCGCUGUCGCAGCGCUUUUCCCAUUGGAGACCAGUCUUGGGGCUGCAGGAGCCUGGAGCUUCCACCAUCCCCCUGCCUGGAGUAGUUUGUGUGUACAGUAAGAACACUGCCUGAGGACAGAAUGAACCUGAUGCUGCAUUUUCACUGUGCCACACCCACUCAGCAAUAACCAUUUGGACCUGGUGGGGGAGAGGAAGAAGGAGGGUAGAUCCUUAAAAAGAGACCUUGAACUGGAAAGGGUCUCUUGUCAGGGCUUGAAUUUCAUUUUGUUGUUGGUAGUGUCUUGAUUUAUUUUCAAUGGUAGAGUAAAGAAUUAUCAAUAAUUUAUUUAACAGAUUUUUUUAAAGUUAACAGCUUUUAAAUUCUUUCUUUUUUAAAGCUAUUUAUUUGGAAGAUUUCUGGAGAAAUAUCUCACUAAUUUAGAUUUAAGAAUGUGAAGGUUUUUAAAUUAUUUUUGAUAGUGUGUGUGUUACAUGUGGGGAAGAGCCACGGUAACGGUAACUAGUCUGGACUCUUAAAUUUGAUAUUCAGGUUAAAGUCUUAAACAGGGAUUUGAUGCAUUAAUUAUUUUAAAUUAAGAUGUAUAUGAAAAUCAUUUUAUUUUAUAUAUUUCAUGUGUUUUUUAUAAGCUAUUAGCUUCGCUUUUGCUAACAUCCAAGGUGCAUACUGUUAUCCAGGUUGAUUACCUUAUAUCCCACCUUCUCUCUGCACUCCCCUUCAUUUUGUGACGACCCAACAAGACUCUUCUCUUUGCAGGGAAACACUUUCAUAGCCAAUGUGUAAGAACUCCAUAAAAGAUCCCUCAUUUCUCAUUUCGUUUAACAUUGUAAUUUUCUUCGAAAUAUAAAAAAAAAGGCUUCUUGCAUUUUUAUUUCUGCUGAUAAUAUCUGGGUCCCAAAGAGAACAGCUUUAAUAUCUUUUUCCUACUUGUGGGAAAAGUAUUAUAAGUUUGGUUAAGUUGUCAUGUUUGUAGUUUUUCCAAAUACAUUUGUAACUACAGAGGGCCUUCUUCAUGCUGCUGGUAUUGGAGAACAGGACCAACACCUGCUGCAGAGGUUAUAUCUUACCACGCUUUUGUUCUCUAUACCUAAUUUGUUGGAAAAUAUAAUUUGACUUAGGAUAUUCAAAUCUGCAUAAUAAGCCGUUAAUACAAUAGGAUUAUACUAUGUUCAGUUGUACAGAAGCAAGCAUGUUGGAGUAGAUAUUUUGUGUGUGUUUAUUUUUUUUUUUAACCUUUUAAAGAAUUAUUUAAGAUAUGGAUUUGGAGUACAAUGGGUGCUUUUUACAGUUUCUUCCAUCUAUCCUAACUUGACCAUAACAUAUUGAGGUUAAAUAUCUGGAUGAACUUUAAGGUAGUUAUUUAUCUCCUUUAUGUACAAUUUUUACUAAAUGCCAGUUUUUGGUUACUUGUAAUAGCUUCUAUUUUCCAUUUUUCCCCCCCAUGGCAUAAAAAUAAGUGAUUUCUAGGGGUAGUGUGGAAAUGUUCCCAAGUCUGACAAAAGAACAUUUUACAAAUUCCUACAAAGAAAAUAAGGGCAAAUAGGAUAAACUUUAUUUUUACAGAGAAAAAAUAUGACCAUAUUAUGGAUUUGUCUUUUUUUACUCUGUAAGCUAGAAUUUCCCUUCUGUAUUAAGUAAGUAUCACUCAAAUUGCUAAGGGGGGAAAAAAAUCUAUGCCAUCAUUUUUUAAAGUUCAAAUGUGUGUUUUUCAAGAGAAACAUUUCUUACUCUGUCUCCUUUCUAAAAUUUCAUGGGAUAAAUAUGAAAUAGCUUAUGAAUUCGCCUUUUUGGUCCAGAGUGACUGGACAAAAGUCUGAAUCAUAUCUAGAUGUCAAGAAGAAGAAUUUUUAUGGAAAUUUUCAGUGUAAAUGAAACCCUGCCUACUUUGCCAAAACUAGUGGAGAGAUGGGUAGAGUCAGUCAUUGGUUAUUCUAAUCUCACAAUGUCAAAAAUCUGGGUUUGACUGAUUCUCCCACCUUCCUACACAAUAUAUUAAUGUGAUGUCUUGGUUUUCUGUAGACCCUGUUUUGAUGUUAAAAUACACAUUUUUGUUUUGGUAAGAAAUAAGAGCUAUAAUUUAUUUUUCCAGUUACAUCACAUCUGGCUUUUUUUCUUUAUAUUUUUUACAACUCUAACUAUUUUUAAUUACCUUUUUCCCUUAGCCAUAAAAAUUAAAACAAAGAUUGUUUUUAUGACUUACAGUUGUGGCCAGUAUCCACUCUCUGUGUCCUUAGGCCCAUAAGUACUAAUUUUAAGUGGCCAGUAUGUAGAAUUUUUAAGUGAAGGUGCUGUGGGUUUAUUUUUUGGCAGUUUAAGCCCAUGAAUUGGCUAAGUUAGAAAACUUUCAGCAAGGUAAUAUAACCACUAUAACAGAAUACAUGUAUCUUUUUUUGAAUCGGUGAAAAUUCAGCCACCGAUACAGUGACUUUCCCAGUCACACCUCUUAAACUAUUACUGGCUGUGAUGCAUUCCUUUAUUUCAUGGAAAUGUCCGAACUUUGAGGUAACUGCUGCCAGUUUCUGGGCUUGACAGUAAUAGACAACCUUGUGUCCUACUCUCAGUCUCAUUUAUAAACAGUACUAUCAUAAAACACCACAAUUUAGACAGAAAGACAGCAGUGAUAGCAUUUAUCUAGUUGUCAGCAAAUAUAAAUGUAUAAAAUUGAGAUUGAUGAUUUAAUGUAUGCAACUUUAAUAGCAGUAGAUGAUAAUUUUCCUGUGUUGUUUCAAGUAAGUGACUCUUACUUGGGAUCCACUGUAGUGUAAUUCACAGUGUCACAUAAUAUCAUGCCCUUCAAUAUUGGUGAAUGAUGUAAACAGUAUAAAGCUGGCAGUUUAUAGUAGUCCGGUAUCCUAGAAAUACACUGAGCUUCAUAUCAGUUCGUUUUUAAAGCAUACAGCAUUGAGAUUCAGACUGAGAUCAUAAACUCAGAGUGGAAACAAGUCCAUCUUUAUCACUAAUUAGAUUCUUAGUGGCUUAAAUACUGUUCUAUUUUUCAUUGCAAUUAUUGCCUUUUCAAAGUACUCUACUGUAGUUAUUCAUAUGAGAUCAACAGGUGUUUAUCACACAUCUGCUGUGUGUCCAGCACUACUUAGUGCUGUGGUCUCUGCCUUUGAAGGUAUCUUCUCCUGGAAAUUAGCAGUGUUAUUUUCACUUAUAGGCAAACUUUAGCAACGGAGAGCUCAUUCAAAAAAUAGCAUAACUUUAUUAGUUUUAACUGAAUAUGCCACUGUAGAAGUGAAAGUAAAAAAACAACUGAGUUCUUUUUCAAAAUUUAAGAAAUAUCUCAAAAGUUAGUCACUUAACAUGGUGACACAAGUUGUGGUGGCGUAGCAUGGAAGGAGGCAGAAGACCUGGGUUUUUGUCAAAGUUCUGCCAUGUAGGUGUCACCUGUGUGGCCUUGAAUAAGUCACUUAUUCUGUCUGAAUCUUUUAUUUGUAGGUUUGGAUUUAAAUGCUUAUUAUGAUAAUCAGUUAAGGAAAACAUAUAGAGAAGCAUUCCAUAAUCUAGUAACACUUAAUACUUACAAAGAAUUUAUCAUUAUUUAAGUUACAAUUUAUAAUUAAUACAUCUUUAUAUCCAUUUUUAAAUGAAAACUGCUGUUGUUCACAAAGGUUAUUUUUAACUAAAUCUAUGCCCGGGGCAUGCUCCUUAAAAAUAUGAAGAAUCUCUAACAAGGUGCUGAAUUGAAAUCAGAUUCUGUGCUUGAAGUAAAAGAAAAAGAAGUGAGAUGGUUUAUGGGUAAGAGAAUGAGAAUGUUUAUCCUCAUGUACAUGAAGAUGAUUUAAAGUAAUUGAAAGAUGGCUUCGGGUUUUUCUCAAAGAGGAAUUAGGAAAGUACUGCCCCAUAGAUGCAGCAUGCCCUUCAGGUACUAGGUAAAGGUGAAGUAAGUCAUGGAGUUAAAAAUGCUUAGCAACUCCCCAGGGGACUAGGUAACAAGUAAGGUGGCUAGGAAGAUCGGAAUCCACACAGCCAGCUCUGGCUGGACACUGGCAGCUUGCCAUAUAGAAAAACCACUGUAGUCGUGUAGUAGGGGAGACUAUGUGGGAUGUCUUCCAUAGAUGAGGCUUUUCUCAAAAGAUGCUCUUUGUGGCAGUAAGACUAUAGAGUUGAUGACAUAACUGUAUGACCCAGGAUGCUGCUGCUAGAAGUUACUACCAGAAACUCAUUUUUCUCGUUAAAUAUUAAGUUAAUUGCUUCCCACAUAAAGGGAAGCUGGAGCUCACCAGUCCUUUCCUGAUGUCCCAGACUUUCAUCAAAAGCAAUCUUGAGAAGAUUGAGCGUCAGACCUUUAGCCGAGAGUGUCACUGGUAGAUAAAGGAGACAAAUGAAACCCAGCGAGGCCAGUGAUUUGCCUGGAGACACACAGUAGAUCUGGAACCUCUGAUACCUUGCCUCCUAAAACACCCCUGCUCUAUGAUGUGGUGCAGCCUGGUGGGUGAAUGAUGCUGGUGUGCUUACUUGAAGCCAGGUGGAAAGAAAGAGAAAGGAUUAAUUUACUCACUAUAUCGCUGUUGAAUGCAAUAUAAUCUUAAUAUUGUAGCCUUACUAGAAAUCUUUCCCUUAUUUUAAUUGUUUUUCAGUGAACGUCAUGCCAUGAGUCAAAUAUUUGGUAUCUCUUACAUAAAUUUUUAAAAUGAAGAUCAGUAGGAAGCAACUGCUUAUUUCCAAAGCAAUUAGCUUCCUGUGAUUGACUGUGAUUUUAGUCUUUUAUAGUAUUUUUCUUCUUCUUUAAUGAAGAGGAAAAAGUCCUCAUUUGCAAUACUCUUAGAUUCUCCCUUGCAACCUCAGGGCCCCUUCUAGUGUCCUAAGGUUUGUCUUAACAAGUAUAACAUUACUUUUUGUUUGUUUGUUUGGUUAACAUCUUUUUGAAACUGUAUUGAGUGAUUCUUCCAACAAGUUUAUCUGCUCUGCACUAUUCACUAAUAAACCCUGGCUACCACGUAGCCCUUGACCUCCAAGUAGUUUACCUAUGCAAGACCUGUGACAUUCUGAAUUUACUUUUCUUUAUUUCAGAAAGCAGUCAUAAAUAGGACAUAAUUACAAAGGUAAAAUUUGUCUCUAACCAGUUUUAUUUUGGCCAUUUCCUUUUCAAGUCAGCUGUUUUCCCCUAAGAUUUUUUACCAAAACAGUGAUCAUAAGUGCUGUAAUAUAUAAUAUUCUGCAGGAAUAAAAUAACCCAGACAUACUCUUAUAUUUCUUUGGUGUAUUUAGGUUGGUAAAAAUUACCAGCAUUAAAUGUAAUAUAUAAUAAGGAGUUGAUUCCUUGCCUAGAAUCAUUUCUUCCCUCUGAGAUUCAUAAGUAACCUUUUUAUUUUUACAAAGCUGCAUAUAACUUCCACAUUAUCGUCAGGGACCUGAGGUGUAACUUGCUAAGUGAACCCCAAGGUUAUUUUAUCUUGCAAAAGAAACCUAAACCAAACUAAGGGCCUUACAGUUUAUGGUUAGACUGAAUCAAAAGUAUAACCUCAGUUUUUCCAAAAACAGCUUCUGACUGCAAAAGCAAGUCAUGCAGUUGUUAGGUAUGAAAUAGCACUGAUCGGGGAAGUGCGUGCGCAUCUUCGCAGACUGCAUUUCCUUCAGAAAAGACUUUUCUACUUUUAAUAGAAAUUAAGCCAUAACAGUUUCAUGCUGUGGAAAGAGGGUGAAAAGGUUCAUUUUAAGAGAUUAUAUAAUAUGAACUUUCACAUUUACUGUGAAAUGUCUAACUUUGCCAGUGCUUCAGCAAGUUUUUUUGCGGGGGGAUGAUGGGGGGUAGUAUUGGUUUUAGGGGUUUUAAAUCUGUGAAAUUUGAAAAGAGGACAGUUGUUGGCUAUGGUAUUUACUAGUUCUGUAGUAAUGUUUUGCUAGCCUGACUUUCCUUACUGAUCUCUAUGUCCACGGUCCAAGAUGACUGUUGUUCUUGUCUGGGGUGUCUGCAAGUAGUGUCUUGUCUGUUUGUCUAGGCAGUCAGUGUGUGUGCACACGUGUGUCCUUUCUGUAUGGAAGCCCACUGUGUGACCAUGGAGUGGGGUGUGGCUGGGAAGUGGGGUGCUGAAGCUUGAAGAGCAUUUUUUUUCCAAUUCAUAACAGUAUUUCCCAUCUUUUGCCUGCAGGCAGGGAAAGUGUACAGUAUUUAUUUUGUUUCUAUUUUACUUUAAAUUUGUAAGUCUUUAAGUAGCUUAUAUUAUUAUAGGGGAGGACAAGUGACUUGUUUAAAGUUGUAUUUGCUAUUCUUUCCAAUUUCUGUAUUUUAAAAUAUUGAAAUUAAAAUUGUAUUACUUCUGUUUUGAUUUUUUUAGCAGUGUAUUUUUUGCUCAUUUUGUUUGAAAGUAUAAAUGUUGAAAAUUGUAUAAAAUGUGUCUUUGAAAGAAAAAGAAUCCAAAUUCUAUAUCCA